AUGUCAUCUCCUGCCAUCCUAUCUACCGCCCUCAGUAUUCUGCCACCACGACCCCCAACUCCCCCGAGAGAAACACACCAUGAGCCUUCCGUCCCAUUCAACCAUACUCUUGGCUCCCUCCAGUCCGUCCACACUCCACCGGGCCAUCAGUCCCCAAGCUCCUCUACCACAACGAACUCGACCUCGCGCCGCCGCAAGAAGGUUGGGUUCUCCGCCCAAACCGAAUAUAAGGAGGCUCCUGUCUACGGGGAAGGGGGUGCAGUGAAACAACAUCCUACGCCGGUUUCCCUCCCUCGAAGUGCGUCCAAGCCCAUCAAAUCGAUUCUUAAAAUCACAAACCACGCCCCAAACCUUCUCGACCCAUCCAGCAGCAACCCCUGCGAUCCAUCCAACCCGAAAGUCAACCUUGCCGCCAUGCUCGAAUCCACAAUCCAGCAACUGGCCGGAGGCGACCGCGAGUCGAAGGUGGAUUCAUACGAGAUGUUGACCCGGGCCCUCAAGACAUCGAAUAACCUACCAGACCGCGUGGCGUUGCAAGAGAAAAUGGGGCUUUUCAUGCAGUUUAUUCAGAGAGAUAUUGUCUCUAGGACCUCGGAAUCUGCUCUGGACUCGAUACUUGUGAACCACGCCCUCAAUAUGCUCAUCACAUUUCUUCACUUUCCCGCGAUAGCCUCGUCCAUAAGCAAUGAUUUUGGCAUUUUCAUUGUCGACCACUGCAUUCGGUCCUUCGAGGACCCUGACACUCCCAAGGAUAUCGCCCGCCGUCUUAUGCAGGUUUUGUCCGUGCAAAACUUCCCAGCAAAAGUCAUCACGGCAGAAAGAGUUGGGAGAAUAGUGGCAUCAUUGCGCCGGAUCGAGGAAUAUCUUACAGGCAAGAGCAUCGUCCUGUCCCGCAUCUUCAUUUACCGGAAGCUGGUCAAGCAAUCGAGGCAAUACAUGAUAGUUCAUUCAGACUGGCUGAUGGAUCUAUUUACCGAUAUGCUCAGUAAUCUGAAGGAAAUUCGAUCAUCGGCUAUCUCUUUUGGUCUCGAACUGGCCUUUACUAUCGGACACGACAAGGCGUUAUCGAGAAAAGUUGUUGAGAUUUUCAAUACCAGUUCUGGGGACCAAAAGUAUAUCCAGUACUACUAUGAGAGGCUCCAGGCUAUGAUCAAGGAGAAACAAGACUCUGUAGUGGUUCCAGAUAUCUGGAGUGCGGUCCUACUACUGCUUCGCAUUCCUCUAGAAAAGUGGGAGCAUUCGCGCUCCUGGCUUCUUCUCAUUCAGGGCUGUUUCAACAGCACCGACUUUGCCACCAAGAUCGCCGCCAACCGUGGCUGGAACCGUCUUGUUUACUUUGUACAAACCGACGAUCGGUCGUUUAACAAGAACAUCUCGACGCUGGUCACGCCCCUGACAGGGCAGUUGGGGAGAAAAGGUCCUGGAAAGAUGACCGAGGAGCUGCGGCAGGCAGUGUUUGGGUCCAUCUGCAAUCUCCUGUACUACACGUUCAAACCGAACACCAGCACAACACUUCUGGAUCGAUACUGGGAUUGUAGUGUCAAGCCUAUCGUUGAGAAGCUUCUCGACCCGGCCUCCGAAGCUGCCGCCGACAACCUUCAGCAAGCCACUGCCAUCCUCGCUGGACUGUUUGACAGCACGACGCCGCGGAGAUGGAAGGAAGACCGCAUUCAGGACAAUACACAUCUGAAGCCGAGCGAACUUCCGCCUCUUGAUUCGAAAUGGGUCCGACACAGUGUUGGGAAGGUCUUUCCUCUGGUAGGAAACAUUCUUGAGCGAAACUUCAUUGCUCUCGCCCAAACGAACACCACGACAUACAAGCUUUGGGAGACUUUGGUGGUUACUGUUGCUUCUGCCGCGGCUAAGGAGAUCAAGGUAUCAAAGGAUACCACCAGCUUUGUUACAGAAUCUUUUAAUAUUUUGCAAACCGUGUGGAAGCAGGGGGUUCCCGAGGGGAAGGGACCAGAGUUCCUUCUCGCUGCACAAUCGUACUUGAAGCUUAUGUUCAACUCUCUGGGGUCAUUGCCGUUUACCGAGAAGCCCAGCAAAGCUCAAGGGGCCUUGAAGGCCCCUCUCUACACGCUCUUCUCUAGCUUGUCAACACUCCCACCUGGUGUAUUGGACGAUCAGGAUUAUGCGGAUUUCCUUGGUCAAAUUUUUGCCCCUUUCUUCGCCUCAAAGGCCGACAAGGCAAAGAUGGACCUGGCACAAGAUCUCCUUGCAACCAUUCCCCAAGAGACACCUCGCCCUUGGGGAACGUGGCUGCUUGUUGCUGAGCAGAUCACUCCUUGGCUCGAUCCACAACACCACAGUCACCACUCAACAGGAUCUGGGACUGAUACUCCGGUUGGCAAUGAAUACCGUGACAUUGUCAAGGUACUCGAACGCGGCAUCAGGUCGACUCCGAGCCUCCCCUGGAAGCCUUGGGAGUCUUUGUUCUAUGCGCUAUUCGAAAGAGUACGGGAAGAGACUGGAGAUGCAGGAGUAGCGAUAGUUAUCGUUGAGCCCCUAUCCAAGGCUUUGAUGGACCAGAUCACUCUCGGGGGAACUGGAGGCGCGUUGCUCCCGAAUACUCUGAGAUGCGUGGCUGAACUCAUCUCCGUUGCAACACAGCCACGGGACCGGCAAGCUGUAGAUGCAGCCCGGCGGCGUCUUUGGGGUACUGCUCUUGCUGGAUCUCGUUCUUCCUCUUUUGACACGUUUGACAACCUCUACAAGGCUGCCAGCGAAGCUUUGGUAAACAGGUAUACCACAUUUGACACCACCGAUACCGAUCCGACUAUCCAUCUUCUCAAGGAAGUUGGUGGCUUCUUUGACAGGUGCAAUCGCCAGUUGUUCCUGAGAACAUUGGCCACUCUCCAGGAUGGUAUCAUCCCCUGGCUUCAGGACAGCAAUCGACAGCUUAGCAGUCAGACUGCUUCUGUCUCUGCUGCACAACUCGACUUUCUUGAGCGGUUCUUCUGCGCGUCUUUUGCUUCUAGUCAUCGGUCCAUUGUCAACUCUGCCGUUUCUUUGUGGAAUACGCUGUUUGAGAAGGUUGGGCAUCUGGAGUACCCAGAGGACCUCAAAGCAUCACUCAUCCAGAUGCAACUUCAUACCGCCAUUGUUUUGCCAGGUCUCGAAACUGUCAGCUCCCAGUUUGCAGGCCAGCAGCAAAUGCUGUUUACUGAGUCGUCCGAGGACUUCAGCCUGCCGAGGAUGUCCACUCGAUCUAGCAGCCGACGCGGAACUCCGCGGGCAACCUCGUCACCAGCGAGAUCACCAGCGUCUACUCGGCUUACCCCGUCGACCAAGCGCCGUGUCGACACAUCACCUGUCAGAAAGCUGGCUGCUGCCAAUCGUCGGAAAGCAGCGCCAAAACUUAGACACGAUGAUUCACAGAUCCAAUUUGCAGCCAUUGGCCCUGCCGCUACGGAGAUGAAUGCACUCGAGUCACAGGCAUUGACUGAAAGACAGAAGGAAGUGCGCGAACGACAGAAAGAGAACGCUGCUCUUUUCCCUGAGAUCAGGUCGAGCCCAGGCAGGUCAAGGAGACAUGCCACAACAACCGAGGAAGGGACAUCUCGGGCUCCAGAGAAGAUCACAACACCCCAAGCGGCCACCCCUCAGCCAGAUGCUCGGUUUGAUGAGUAUGUCUCGUCAACGCCGACCCCACGCCGAGGGCAGCCGUUGAUGAUUCCGGGACACGACAUGACUGAUCCGCCUUCAUCACCUCCAGAACCGAGACGCAAUCCGCUAGCUGCUGAGAUAAGGUCAAGGUCUGCUAGUCACAGCUUGCUUGAGGAGUGGCAGUUCUCUUCCUCGCCAAUCUCAGGGUCACCUCUUCCUUCCCGCCAUGCUGUCCCCGAUCCAUCGGGUCAAAGUGGUUUUGUCACCGUGGUAUCACUUCCCGCCCUUUCUCCUCAAAAGUCCGUCGCUGGAGAAGAAAAGGAGGAGGCACGGCUGCCAGGGGAGGAUGGUGAUCACAUGGACGUUGACUCUACCAAUGGGUCCCAGCUUCCGGGACUGACUGAGCAGGAACGACACUCAACACCGCCCCAGGCCGUGCAAGGUCCUGCUCGUCAAAAUCCCGAGCCUAAAUCGGAUGAAGUUUUUGUGGACGCACGCUCAGGUCCUCUUCCGACGAGCCUUAGCCGAGCAAGGCGGUCCGCAGGGCCAGCUCAGUCGACUGCCCCGGCAACGAGCCAACGCAGCAAUGCAGAUAACACCUCGUUCGAAGUCAGCGAGCUCGACGAGAGAAGUCUGCUCCGAUUGGUGGUUGAAUUGGACAAUGCGCGAGUGGACAGGCAAGAGUAUCACCAAUCAUCUGCCUCCCCCGACUACACGGGGCCUAAGGCGGCCCCUCGGGAGUGCAUUGUGGUUGGUGAUAGCCCCAAGAAACUCGGCAAAUCUAUCCCUAUAAUACCACCAGUCACCAGAAGACUCACCAGGUCAAGCUCGGCAGCAUCACCAGAGCUGGAAACGAUCCCUAGCUCGCAGCCAACGGGACCACAAAGAGGCCGGCCGCGCAAGAGAAAAAGAGGAUCUACCAGAGCGCAGGAUCCUAGCAAGAGAACGCGUCUCGAGUUCACCGAGACGCCGCCGCCGGUGGAGGAGCACGAGGUCCCAGACAGCCAACCCCGGCGAACACAGGCACCUCAGCAAGUUGCUGCUCCUGCGGAGGUGAAGGCCGAGGAAAACCCGCAUGAGCAGUCCAUGUCGGAGAUUCCCAGCUCCUCCCUUGAAUUGUCAAGUCCUCCGGUGUCUCCUCUUGUAGAAAACACGACAGCCCUCGGCUCACCCGAACUCGACAGCGGAGCAGCCAUGGACAUGGAACACCACCACCUGCAUCAUGACCCCCCCACCAGCGACGACGACGAGGUUCAAUCCCAGAUUGCGCUCGAGUCCUUUAGCGCUAGUCAACGUCUUGAUGACGACGAUGAAGAAGAGGAGGAGGAGGAACCCACCAAUUCUGUCACCCACCCACCAGCAGCAGAAGAAAUGCAACUUGGUGAACAACAACAACGAAAAAAAGAAACCAGCCCGGCCUCCACUGUGGAGGCGAGCGCGGAAGAAAGGGAACGACAUUUGGAAGACAGCAAGGAAGAAGAAGAGGACCGGGCAAAGGCCAUCAUGAGGAUGUUUCGAGGGGGGUUGGACACGCUGAGGUCGGCGAAGCUGUCGAUGGAGGAGGUGUAUGAGAUUGAGGAUAUGUUUAGGGAUAUGAGGAGGGAGUUGAUUGAGGCGGAGAAGAGGGCUAGAAGUAACUGA